AUGGAGAAAGUAGAGGAGAAAGUCGAAGGCCUUGUGGACCGUGCUCGGCAUUUAGCAUUGCGUGAGCCGCCUAAAGAGGCACACACUGUCGACAGGUUCCACUCGACUGUCGACGAUCAUAUCCAGAGGUUAUACAAGUCUCUUCAGACAAAUGCGCCAACAACGAACUACUUCGUCAACGAGAUUCAGCAUGAUUCUCCUAUCCCAGCUCCUACUGGGGAGGCAGUUGCUGAUCCGUUAGCCUCUGUUGAUGCCUUUCGGGCAUACAUGAAGAGUGAGACUUCUUGUGCUAUGGCACCGGAGGAAGGCCUGGAUAUUUCCGCUCCUCUGUCGGAUUACUUUAUCUCGUCUAGUCACAACACGUACUUGACUGGUAAUCAGUUGUACAGUGAUGCCGCCGCUAGUGCUUAUACAUCAGUUCUCCUGCGUGGGUGCAGAUGCGUUGAGAUCGAUGUCUGGGAUGGAGAGUUAUCAACCCCAGACUCGAGCGACGGCGAGAUAAGCAGCGACAGUAGCAGCAGUAGCGACUCUGAAGACGAAGGCCAAUCCUUCGGGAGCAAGCUGAGAGAAAAAAUCAGCUCGAAGUCUGAUAAGCAGGAGAAGCCCGCCAAGGAACCUAAACAAUCGGUUUCAUCGAGACUGGAAUCUAAACUGGGCGGAGUGCUGCGCCGCAAGUCUGUCAAGUCGCCGCCAGCACAGGUGAGCGAGGAGACUGCUACAAGCCAGCUUCCAAUUCGAGGUGAACCUCGUGUGUUACAUGGUCACACUCUCACCAAGGGAGCGACCUUCCGUGAAAUCUGCUAUGCAAUCCGCGAUGGUGCUUUCGUUGCUAGUGACCUUCCUGUGGUCGUCAGUCUCGAGGUCCAUGCGUGUCUCGCACAGCAGCAGAUGAUGGUGAAUAUCAUGGAGGAGGCGUGGAAGGGGAUGCUCAUUGAGGCGCCCCAAGGCGAGGAAAAAUUACCGUCGCUCGCUGAUCUGAGAGGAAAAAUCCUGAUCAAGACCAAGGGUAUCCCGCUAGGUGGUGAAGAGCAGAAGAAUGAAUCUGAAGAGAGCCUCACUCCGCAAAAGUCGGAUGAUACUUCUGCAUCGCCGCAGCCGAAGCCAUCGAAACCGUCGAAGAUUUUCGAAGGUCUUGCUAAGAUGGCUGUUUAUACUCGCGCGUAUCAUUUCAGCCAUUUCGAGCAGCCCGAGGCCAAGGUCCCCGUCCAUGUAUUCUCACUGUCUGAAAAGGCAGCCCGCGAAGCUCACGCCACCCAUCGCGAUGCCCUGUUCGAGCACAACCGAGCAGCCAUGAUGCGUAUCUACCCAUACGCAUUCAGAGUGACCUCCUCCAACCUCGACCCAACAUUCUACUGGCGACGCGGCGCCCAGCUGGUAGCACUUAACUGGCAGAACCUCGACAAGGGCAUGAUGCUCAACCACGGCAUGUUCGUUGGGACCCACGGCUGGAGACUCAAGCCACCAGGCUACAGAAGCAGCGAAGCAUCAACCAGUAUAAUCCCACGCCGCAACGUAACCCUCUCGAUCGAGGUAUAUGCCGCACAAGAUCUCUCCCUACCCCCGGGUGACCACAGCGGAAAGGGAUUCAAACCCUACGUGAACUGCCAACUCCACGUGGAAGAACCAGACGGCGACGCCGCCCCGGACCAAGACGACGCCAGCUCCGACACAGAGAAGAGCAGCUACAAGCGCUGCACGAAGAGUUCCUCGGGUAUAAACCCGGACUUUGAAGGCCAGAAAUUGGACUUCCCGACCGUGACGGGGAUAGUCGAGGAACUGAGUUUCCUACGGGUCAAGAUCAAAGACGAUGAGAUCGGUCGGGAUCCGUUGGCUGCGUGGGCUUGCAUCCGGCUAGACCGGUUGCGGGAGGGGUAUCGGCUUGUUCACCUCCAUGAUUGCUCAGGUGAGAAGAAUGGGGGUGUGUUGUUGGUGAAGAUUUCCAAAGUGGUUUCUUAG